AUGAGCUUCGAUCUAACGACGACGUAUGAGCGGACAUUGCUCCGUCCGCUUGUCUUACCCACCGACAACAAUGCCACAAACGAGUUGGCGAAUCUGUCCGAGGAGUCCCAAUGGCGGGCAUCUGCGCAUAUAUUUCGAGGAACAGAUGAUCGUGACGAGACUGCUGCGUGGCCACCAGCCAAGUUCAACGACGACCCGUCCAGCAUUCCCAACGAUGAGGCAUACAACAUCCCAUAUGAUCCCGUAAGCAAGAAAGCCAACAGCAGUGAAUUUAAGCUGUACUCCGACUCAGAGCAGAGCAAGACAUCCAACGUCCCGCCUCCCAAACUGGUUGCCAAGCGCUACAUCGCACGGGACCAAGCCAACAAGUCUGAACAGGGCAUAACUCUUCUCACGCUUACAGGCAUGGGAGUUCCCAAAGAGAUGUUUGAGCCUAUGCUCGAAGACCUUCUACCUCGACUGCGCAAGUCUGGUGUCAAAGUUGAAGAGAUCUGGGCGGUAGAUAUGCCUCUUAGCGGACAGACGGCCAAGGCUAAUUCCAUGGGAUACUUGUACGCCAAUGAGAAAGACAUCGUUCGAGAUUUACUGCUCUUCCUUACAGCUUAUCUACCUGUGAAACCCGGAGGAGAGCUACCGAAGUACCUUGAACUGCACAAGCCAACAGCUCGAGCUCAGCAGCCUACACGACAGAAUCUUCACGUCUUUGCUCACAGCCUCGGCGCCCAAGCCGCUAUCCUCGCUUCCGUCCACGCACCAAACAUCUUCAGCAGCCUCAUGGUCGUCGACCCAGCUAUGAUUCCCGCCGGAAAGAUCAACGAAGCUAUGACAAAGCUCCCCAAAGAUAUCUUCUGUCUUGGUCUCAAGCAGAACUUCCCCGAUCGCAACGCUGUCGAGAAAGCACUCUGCGAGACUAAACGUACAAAGAACUGGGACGAACGCGCUAUGCGAAUGUUCACCCAGCACGGUGUCGUCCAGGACGAAAAGGGAGGCGUCAAACUCAUCGCUCACCCUCGUUUGGAUUGGGCUUUAUGGUACGACAAGCAAACUCCUGCUGAGUGUUAUGAUCGGUUCAAGGAUAUAAGCGUUCCGUUGCUUGCUAUCAUGCCCAAGAGGCCUUUUGCUGUGCCGGCGAAGAUGUUUGAGGCUGAUGUUAAGAAGUUGAAGGGGAGGGCUGAUGUUAAGUGGGUUGAGGGGACGCAUCAGGUUGUUUAUGAGAGGAUGGAUGAUUGUGUUGGGUUUGUGGGGGAGUGGUUGGGGGAUAUCGCUGGUGAGAAGAGAGCCAAGCUGUAG